AUAUCCCAGUCUCUCGUAUUAUCUUCGCGGUGGGUUGUGGGUGUGAGCGUAGAAGCAAAAUGGCGGACUUGGCAAACGAAGAAAAGCCAGCCAUAGCGCCUCCUGUGUUUGUCUUCCAAAAAGAUAAAGCACUGAAGCGGUCAGCGGAUGGAUCGAGUGCGGAAGAUGGCGAGGAUUCCGACAAAGACGAAGGAACCUAUUGCCCCCCUGUGAAGAGGGAGAGAACGUCCUCUUUAACACAGCAGUUCCCUCCUUCACAUUCGGCGCCCAAGAACAAUGUAUUCAUGCCCUCGAGUUUCUGCCAGUCUCCGACCGGGAACUCUGACUCGGAGCCAGAGGAGAAGCCUGUGGGGUUCCGCUUGAAGCCGCCCACUCUCAUACACGGACAGGCACCCAGCUCAGGCCUCCCCAGUCAGAAGCCCAAGGAGCUGCAGCGGAGUGUCCUCCGCCCUGCAGUGCUCCAAGCCCCGCCCGCCAAAACCCACAUGGAGACCAACUCCAGCUGUGGGACCAACGGCGUCAAGAAGUCUUCAGACGAGGCGGCCGAGACACCUUCCCUCUUCAUCAACAACACAGAGCAUGCCGCCAGCCCGGCCAAGUCGCCGCAACACGAACACGAAGAGGACGCGGCGAGCCCAGACAAAGAAGGAAACGGAGGAGAGAUGAAUGACACGGACGUCGCGUCGUCUUUCGUUUUCGGUCAGAAUAUCAAGGACAGAGCAAAGUUGGAGGAGAACAGUACGGAAGACAACAAGUCCUCGCCACAGGAGUUGGAGGGCACCAAUUAUUUCCUACAGUACAUCUCUACCCCAAGCUCAAAAAAUGCUACAAACAACGCAGACUCCGGGGCAAAGUUCGUCUUCGGACAGAACAUGUCGGAACGCGUGCUGAGUCCACCAAAGGGGGCGUCGGCCACAGAGGAGAACAAUGUUAUGACUUUGGGUCCCCCAGCAUCGGAACCCGUUCCACAGGAGGUCGCGACCCCAGAGAAGGAGUCUUUGGAGGAGUCCGCUGCAGCCUACACCAAAGCAACAGCCAAGAAGUGCAUCUUAGAGAAGGUAGACGUGAAGACCGGCGAGGAGGCGGAGAGCAACGUUCUCCAGAUCCAAUGCAAGUUGUUUGUGUUUGAGAAGACGGCCCAGUCCUGGAUCGAGCGGGGGCGGGGCCUGCUGCGGCUCAACGACAUGGCGUCCACGGACGACGGCUCGCUACAGUCCCGCCUAGUGAUGAGGACCCAGGGCAGCUUACGGCUGAUCCUCAACACCAAGCUCUGGCCCCAGAUGCAGGUGGACAAGGCCAGCGAGAAGAGCGUGCGGAUCACUGCCAUGGACACCGAGGACCAGGGGGUCAAGGUCUUCCUAAUAACGGCCAGCUCUAAGGACACGGGGCAGCUGGCGGCCGCGCUUCACCACCGCAUCCUGGCCCUCAAGAGCCGGGCGGACCAGGAGCCUGAGGCCCCUGCCACGGCCGUCCCAGAGGCUGAGGUCUCCCAGUCCAACGAGGAGGACAGCGACGAGGACCAGGUGGCCAGCUCCGCCACAGGGAACUCAGAGGGGGGCGAAAACCAGGCGGCGGGAGGCACAUAGCGUCAUCCCCCCCUCCCCUUGGGACUGCCUCCUUUGGAUGCUUCUGCUGUUGGAGGCAUUUUGCUGUAGGCAUCUCUCCAUGGACACCCGUUGACCAACAUGGGUCCUCCAGACCAGUUCCUCUGGAUAUUUAGAAGUCUAGCUCCAGGAAUUACACCCACCCCACCCAUUGACCCACUUGUCAUCCCCCCCCCCGACCCCGACCCCCCCUGCCUCUUCCUCCUCCUCCUCCUCCUCCUCCUCCUCCUCUUAUUCCUUAGGCCCGGACCCCCCCCACCCCCUCCCGACUGUGCAGUUCAUCUUCUCUGCAUUCAACUUUAAUAUCUGGAGUCGUUGCCCCUCUCCCCUAACCCCCCCCACCCACCCACCUGUUUUUGUGUUACUGUUUUCGUUUUUUUCGAGUACUAUAUAUAUUAUUUUUUUUCUUCCUUUCGAUAGCGAAAAAAAAUACAAAAGACUUCAAGGCUUUGGUUUGGGACUUGUCUGCUCAUCAUAUUGAUGAGCGUAAGGGUGUUCUCCUCUACAUUUUAGAAAAACACGACACACACACACACCCACACCCACACCCACACCCACACUUAUGGCACAUGUUAAGACUGCAGUUUCUACUUUCGGGGGACCUUUUUACUCUGGGUCGCCCCGCCACGACCCACGGGAACGCCGCGACGCUCCCGGAGGAGCCCUAACCGUACAAGCGGGCGGGCGACCGGCCGGACCGCCGUCUCCCACGACGACCAAACCCGGCUUCCACCCUUCUCUGUACCCACCACCACCACCACCCCCCCCCCCCUCUACUCGUUCCGCUGAUGUAGUUGUUUUUGGUUUUCCCAGCAAACAUAAUUUAUUUUUUAGUGUUUCUAUUUUUCCUUUUACAUAAAGGCAACUUAACACAUAUGCACUGUUUGUCUGUAACCGGCACCCCCUGCCCGAGGUACACGUCACCGGUCGACAGUCGGACGUUCCCUCCGCUUCCCUAGUGAGUUAGGCUAGUUAACACAAGGACGUAAUCAAUGCAAAAAGCUCCCGAGUCGCGGGUUCGAUGGUAAGAGGCGGCUUUCCCCCCCGGAAGGUUUAGCCGAACAUGGUGGAAUGUGUCUUAGUGACCCCCUUGUGUUUUUUUUGUUUCCCAUUCGCUUUGUUUCGUUUCUCGAGUCUAACUCCACACUGAUUGACAUUCUGCAAGUCAGCGGCUUCUCUGUCCAAAACAUCCUAAGGGUUUAUAUUGUGUUGAUACAUAUUUUUUUACUUUCGAAAUAUUAUGUAAAACUGUUUAUCCAUCUCUGUUUGGGAGAAGAAAAAGAAAAGAAACUACAUCUUGGAAGGAUGGACUUAUUUUUGUGUGUGGAAUAUUGGAGUGUUAACUGUUAAUUCCCUUAAAUGCCAUGUACAUUUGAAUAUAUCAUUUAGUAGCAUACCAUGUUUCUCAACUCUCCCGACUGACCCCCCCCCCCCCUUUACAGAAAUAAAAACAUUUUGGACUGA